AUGACGCAUCAUCGGGUGGCUUUCGUCUCGGAUUUUUUCUUCCCCGGCUUCGGCGGGGUGGAGGUGCAUAUCUACAACGUCGCGCAAUGCCUGAUGCGGCGUGGUCAUAAGGUGAUCGUCAUCACACGCGCCUACGGCGAGCGCGUCGGGGUACGCUACUACACAAACGGAAUGAAGGUUUAUUACCUCCCUUUGCUCGCCGCGAAGCUGCCGCCCGGGUCCGUGACGCUGCCGACGUGGCUGGCGGCCUUUCCGCUGCUCCGGACGAUUUUUAUUCGCGAGCGAAUCACCGUCGUGCAUGGCCAUCAAACCACCUCCAACCUCUGCCAUGAGGCGAUCUUUCACGCGGGGACGAUGGGGAUUAAGACGUGUUUUACCGACCACUCACUCUUCGGCUUCGCCGACGCGGCGUCGAUUCACAUUAAUAAGGUUCUCGAGUGGAGUUUGCGGACGGUGGAUCAGGUGAUCUGUGUGAGCAACACCUGCCGCGAGAAUACGGUGUUGCGCGCGAAGAUCGAACCAGAGCGGGUGAGCGUCAUUCCAAACGGCACCGACAACUCGAUGUUCACCCCGCCAGAGGAUAUGAAGUACAAAUCGUGGGCCUCCAAAACGGAUAAAGAAGGUCUCACGAUCGUCGUCGUGACGCGUUUAGUGUACCGCAAGGGGUCGGAUCUUUUCGUGGAUGUCAUCCCGGAGAUUUGCCGGCGGCAUCCGAAUAUCAAAUGGGUGAUCGGCGGCGACGGCCCGCGGCGCUCGCAGCUCGAGCAGAUGAUCGAGCGAUGUGAUUUGAUGGAUCGCGUGAAGAUGCUCGGCGCGCUCAAGCACACUGAAGUGCGAAGCGUGCUCAAUCAAGGGCAGAUCUUUCUUAAUUGCAGCCUCACUGAGGCGUUUUGUAUCGCGCUGAUUGAGGCGGCGUCGUGUGGGCUGCUCACCGUUUCCACGCGCGUCGGCGGAGUGCCGGAGGUGCUCCCCCCGCAUAUGCUCCUCUUGGCGGAGCCCGAUCCCGUUUCCAUCGUCGCCGCCCUCGAGGAGGCGAUUAGCAAGGUGCCGUAUAUCUCGCCAUGGGAGCUGCACGAGAACUGUCGUCGGUUUUAUAGCUGGGAUUGGGUGGCGGAGCGCACGGAGCGGGUGUAUGAUCGCAUUGUCAACAUGACGACCCUUUCGACCUAUGAGCGAAGCAUGAGCUACGCCUCGGUUGGGCGGGUGUUCGGGAUCAUCUGUUGGAUGUUGUGCGCUCUAGACUGGUUCAUGCUGGUUCUUCUGGAAUACUUUAUUCCCGUUGAGUCCAUCGAUAUUGCGCCGGAUUUCCCUAUGGAGCUGUACCUUCGAAACAAGGAUAAGCUCAAGUCAAACCAGUAA